AUGAAAAUCACCAAUUCGUUUUCGUCAUUGUGCCUUAUGUGCCUCAUUAUAGGCUUGACGUUUAUAAAGUCCACUGCUGCUGGCUGCUGCCCUUGUAAUAUCUACUUGACUUGUGGAGACCAAAGUGGUUGCACGGUAUACGAGUGCUGCAGUACUGCUGCGUGCAACAUUUUCUGUUGCAACUGCGAUGGACCCUGUAAAGGCGGGAAAUCGACUGAGCUGUCUGAUGCGAAGACUGAGAAUAUCUGCCUGAGCAAAUUUAACGCUGUUGAUGUGAAUCAAGAUGGCCUGAUCAGCUUCCUAGAGUGGGCACAAAGUCGCGAUGCCUUCGCUAGCCUAGGGCUGGACGUCUUAGCUGAAAGAUGGAGCCAAUACGAUUGGGAAGGCAAGGGAUACUUGACCAAGGAUGAAGCUAUGAACCGACGAAUUGCUUCAUCAAGACCCGACUCUGAUAUCAAAGACACCAGCAUGGUCGAGCAGCCAUUUGGCUAUCAGCCAGGACUUCAACGAAACCUCAAACCCAACGACCUUUCAAGAGGCGCUUGGACACUUCAAUGGUUUACCGACGACGAUUGUUCCAAGGGCAAGCACCGGACCGAGGGCACGAAGCCAAAAGGUUGCUCAAACAUUGCUGGUGCAAAAAGCAUUAAAUUUACCGCCUCCCAAGGGUUUUCUCUCUACGUAUACGACUCGGCUCAGCUCAAAGCAGGGACUACUCAGAAUUAG